AUGUCAGCUAUGACUUCUAAUUUGUUGGCCUUCUCUUUCAGUCUGAAGAACGGCGAAUUCGAAAGAGUGAAAGGAGGAUAUGCGGAAAAACAUGGAAGCUUUUGCAGCAAUGCUUCGUUUUGUCACAGUAGUAAAGGGAAAUGUUUGGAGGUGGCUGAUUAUUCUAUUGGAUGGGCUCGAAGUGAGGAUUAUGUCCAAACUACAAUUCAGCUAGUUGGUGAGAAUCGUUUCUGGACGUGUAAUAAACGUGACCACAAGCAUAAUCAGAAUAAUGAGGCAUCCAGCGAUCUUUAUUAUAAUUUUGAUAAAAAGGAUUUUGAGUUUCCAGAAUGUCAUUCAAUCUCAAACAAAUCCUUCCGUUGCUUCAAGAAAGAAAAUAUUCGCAAACCGGAACUAUGGAAAAUUACGGAUGAAGACUAUACCAAUAAAGAAUACAGUAGCCUCUUUACUUUCCACAUCCUGCCAACAUCUUCAAUGCAAACAAGUAUGCAAAAUAUUUGGAUUAAAUGUUAUGAGGAUGCCGAUAAGGAGGAUUGUAAAGAAAAUGCGACAUUUCAACAGUGUGACAAAAUGUUUGUGGAAUUUGGUAAAAUCUCCUUCAAAAUGCUUGUUCCUGAUAAUUCAGUCAAAACAACGAAAAUUAGUAAAAUUGAAAGUGUGGAAAGUACAGAUGCUUGGGAAACUGAAGAGGAAUCGAGUUCAAUGCCAGCCAUGUCAACUGAAGAACCGCUCUGGAAAAUUGAGAGGCGUCUAUGGAGAACACCUUCAACACCUCCUCCCAGAACACCUUCAACACCUCCUCCCAGAACAUUCCCUAAAGUCACAUUCGACUUCAGUUGGACUAGCAAGACUCCAGAGAAGAAAAGUUCGUCCGGUGUUCUAAUUAUCAUGUGCUUCAUGAUAUUUCUUAUGUUAUUCAUUGCUGUCUUCAUCAUUUGCACGGCAACCGCGUUCAAUGAAGGAUAA